CCAGCCGGAAGUAGUCGGAGUGAAGAGCGAAGGAGAAAUCUUAGAAACUGGUGGUCUUUGUUUGUUUGUGAUAAGACUUUAUAAAAUCCCUCACAAUGUUCUGCGGCGGUCAGAGAUCUUCCGUUUCAGGAUAAGAUGAGGCUUCUGGAUUCAGUCAUGGUGGAGAAACAUACUUCCUCUUCUGAAUGUGUGCAACACCGACUACGAUGAGCAGCAGUGCAUUGACCAGUGACCAGCGGUCAGAGAGACAGCACAAUAGCCGGGGACCCUAUGUGUCAUUUAUCACCAACAGAACCACCAACCUUUUCAUCCGAGGGGGAAUGCUGUUUUUUGUGGGAGUCUUCCUGGCUCUUGUGCUAAACCUUCUUCAGGUGCAGAGAAAUGUGACACUUUUCCAUCCAGAUGUCAUCAGUAGUAUCUUCUCAUCAGUGUGGUGGGUGCCACCCAGCUGUGGCACUGCCUCAGCCAUGAUUGGCAUGCUGUAUCCCUGCAUCGACAGAAGACUUGGUAAACCUCACAAUUUCAAGCGGGAGUGGUCUAGUGUGAUGCGAUGUGUGGCUGUAUUUGUUGGUAUCAACCAUGCCAGUGCUAAAGUAGACUUUGCAAACAAUGUCCAGUUAUCGCUGACCCUAGCAGCACUCUCCAUUGGUUUGUGGUGGACGUUUGACCGCUCCCGCAGUGGCUUUGGUUUGGGAAUCAGCAUUGCCUUACUGGCCACUCUCACCACUCAGAUCCUGGUUUACAAUGGAGUGUUUCAGUAUACUAAUCCAGAUUUCCUCUACAUUCGCUCUUGGCUUCCCUGCAUCUAUUUUUCUGGAGUUAUUACAAUGGGAAACAUUGGUCGACAGCUUGCUUGGUAA